UGUGCCCCGUGGGGGCGGAGAGAACACCGCCCGCUUCCUCAGGAGCCAAUAGAGAAGAGGAACAGCGAAGCGCUUCCUGAGUUCGGGGGUCGAGGAAAGAUGGCGACCACCAAAGGGGGUUGGUACCUGUGCGAAUUAUUGAGAUUUUUUUAUUCAUUAUUCCUCCCUGGGCUGACAGUCUGUGGAACUUUAUGUGUAUGUCUGUUCAUUAUCCUCUGGGGAAUCAGACUGCUGCUACAGAGAAAGAAAACGUCAGCAUCAGCUAGCAAAAAUGGGAAAAAGCAAAUGGUGGUUGCAUUUUUUCAUCCAUACUGCAAUGCUGGUGGAGGAGGAGAAAGAGUUUUGUGGUGUGCCUUAAGAGCCCUGCAGAAAAAGUAUCCUGAAGCAGUUUAUGUCGUUUAUACUGGUGAUGUUAAUGUCAGUGGUCAGCAGAUACUAGAAGGUGCUUUCCGAAGAUUUAACAUCAGACUCACUCACCCAGUAAAGUUUGUUUUCUUAAGGAAACGCUACCUUGUGGAAGAUUCACUCUAUCCUCACUUCACACUGCUGGGCCAAAGUCUAGGGUCCAUUCUUCUUGGCUGGGAAGCUCUAAUGCAGUGUGUUCCCGACGUCUACAUCGAUUCAAUGGGAUACGCGUUUACACUUCCUCUGUUUAAGUAUUUAGGCGGUUGUCGCAUCGGAAGCUAUGUUCAUUAUCCCACGAUCAGCAUGGACAUGCUCUCCGUAGUGAAGAAUCAAAAUGUUGGAUUUAACAAUGCAGCCUUCAUUACCAGGAAUCCUUUUCUCAGCAAAGUAAAGCUCAUCUAUUAUUAUUUAUUUGCUUUUGUUUAUGGACUUGUUGGUUCUUGCAGUGAUGUAGUGAUGGUCAAUUCUUCUUGGACACUAAAGCACAUUCUCUCCCUGUGGAAAGUUGGGAAUUGCACUAACAUUGUUUAUCCACCUUGUGAUGUGCAGACAUUUCUGGACAUUCCCUUACGUGACAAAAAGACGACCCCAGGCCAUUUACUGGUUUCCAUUGGUCAGUUCCGGCCUGAAAAGAAUCAUCCUUUGCAGAUCAAAGCCUUUGCUAAAUUGCUGAAUAAGAAGGUGGCUGAGUCACUGCCUUCACUGAAACUUGUCCUCAUUGGAGGUUGUCGAAACCAAGAUGAUGAGCUGAGGGUAAACCAACUGAGAAGGCUUUCUGAGGAUCUAGGAAUUCAAGAAGAUGUGGAAUUUAAAAUAAACAUCCCAUUUGAUGAGUUAAAGAAUUACUUGUCUGAAGCAACAAUUGGUCUGCAUACCAUGUGGAACGAGCAUUUUGGGAUUGGAGUUGUUGAGUGUAUGGCAGCUGGCAUGGUUAUCCUUGCCCACAAUUCAGGGGGCCCGAAGCUGGACAUUGUCGUGCCUCACCACGGAGGGAGAACUGGGUUUCUGGCUGAAAGCGAAGACAGCUACGCAGAGACCAUGGCUCAUAUUCUUUCCAUGUCUGAGGAAAAGAGACUCCAAAUCCGAAGCAGUGCUCGGGCAUCUGUAAGCAGAUUCUCUGAUCAGGAGUUUGAACUGGCGUUCCUGUCCUCUGUGGAGAACUUAUUUAAAUAAUGCCAUUAUCUGUCCCGAUUAAAGAUAUUUUACAUAAAACGGCUAAACACCUUCAUAUGUUAGUAUCUUUCUAACCAUUUUCUGUAUUGUAAUAAAGUCAGCCUAAGCAGUGCUCUCUGCAGUAUGUAUAUAGACAGGAUAUUUAUUUCAAUGAAAAUGAGAAAAAGGCAAAAUUACCUAACUGGUUUAAAUGAAAAAAUUUUAGAUUAGUAUUCUGUCCCAAAUUCUGAAAAAUAUGGAUCUGACAGAAAAAAAAUGAACAUUCUUAAUGUGGGUAUAAUCCUGCUUUUCAGAUCCUAUUUGUCAAAUCACUGUACUUUAGAACCCAGGAAAGAGAAUUUCCCUUUAGAAAAUAGGAAAUGUUGAAUGGAAAAUGGAAGACUGACAAUUAGUUGAUUAAUCUUUUAGAAUGGUUCUGACAUCUUGGGAACACAGAAAAAUUCUGGUACAUUUAAAUUCUAAAUGCCACUGUGGAUGACCGUCUUGAAUAUAUCUGACGAUUUUCUCAAAAGAGAAAAGACACUUGAAGCAGGCGUCAUCACGUACUAAGAGCACGUGGUGAAAAGACAGACGGACCAUGGCCGCCCCGCGGGUCGGGGCUGCCCCCCGAGGCGGCAGCUGAGGCCCGGGCGCUGCCCGCAAUCUUCCCGUAGCUUGGGGUCUGUGAGAGGGGCUCUUUGUUCAGGGCUACCAGUACAUCUGUACUGGACAGAGGGAUACCCUCAUUAUCCCGUCACAGUUCCACAUCUCGGGGGCCGCAAGUCAGCUUGAGCUGUUCUGAAGGUCUGAGUGAGAACAUCGUGCUAAGUUGUUUUUCUCAUAGUGACGAUGGACUAACCGCCUCCGUCCGCCCGGUCUCUGUUGGGAGCAUCGUGUGUUGUGAGACAAUGAGGUGGCAUUUAGAAAAGAGCUCUGGACUAGCGGUUAGAAUACCGGGCCUGACCCCAGCAUCAUUAUUUACAAACCUCCGACCUCCUAAAACUCAAGCUGCUUCUUAAUCUUUUUGGAACUCCGAUUCUUCGUCCAUAAUCUGGAGAUGGUAAUACCUCUCCUCGCUACCUCUUAGUGAUUCUGAUUUGGAAAGUAUGUGAGAGUACCUUGAAAAUUAGAGACUUUUUUUUUUUUUUAAAGGUACCUUCAUAAAGUAAUUUAAUUAAAAGUAACAAUAAAUAGUAAAUGUCUUUUGUAAUCAGUCCUCCUUAUUAAUGCAUUAAGACUCAAGCUAGACUCAUGGAUACUAAGUUGGUAGCUAGAACUACUGUGCUGAUUUUAACAUGACUUCUGUGCUGAAUCACUAGCAGUAAAAGUAUGUGGAUGUGCAGAUAGGGCUCUAGAGACCUACAACCCUUGGCGUUUUCUGCAUACAUAAUUAGCUCCUACUAGUUCAGUGAACCGACCUCCUGCACAGUCUGAUACAUCUUUGUGUUAGGGGCAUGUGACACUCCUCUCAUCCAGUCAUGGACCCAGCCAGCUUCAUCAUCUACUCCCAGUUACACUGUUGACUCGUCUGCAGGCCACCGCCUGUCAUCAGAUCAAAAAGCAGCAAAACAGAGUCCCAGGAUGAUGUGACACCAACAUAGCUUUGGGUGGCGAUGAUUCAGUUUAGAAAAGGAAGACUGGUGGACAUUGGAGCUGGAAGGAAGGAACCCUACAAAUCCUCGGGUCCAGUUUUCUCAUUUUCAACUUUAUAGACAAGAACAAUUUAAAGACCUUAAGAUUCCUUCAGUCUCACAAAGCUGGUUUGGUUUUUUUUUAAGAUUUUAUUUAUUUGAGAUAGAGAAGCAGGAGCAGGGGAGUAGAGGGAGAGGGAGAAGCAGGCCCCUCACUGAGUAGGGAGCCUGAUUCGGUGCUCGAUCCCGGGACCCUGGAACCACGACCUGAGCCGAAGGCAGACGCUUAACGACUGAGCCACCCAGGUGCCCCACAAAGCUGUUUAAGUAUAAACCCUGCAGGUUUAUAAGCUGAGCAUUCUGACUCCAGCUCAGUUGGUUUUCUUACAGCUAGUCUUGGGGCAAGAUUCGUGCCACUGCCCCUGCAGUCUACCCAUCUACCCUCAGAAAACCAUACAUUGAAGUGGAUUAAGCAGAAGGAAAGGAUGCAGUACAGGAAGAAAGGAUUCUGAAAUUCCAAAAAGCAUUUUUUAAUCAUGUUUCUUCAAAAUUACUUUUAUUUGCCACACACAUCACUGGAAACAUACUUUGUAUAUCUGUUCACCUUCCCUAUUGCUAAUGUAGUUAUAGGUCUUUUUUUUCGGAAUGACUGAUAACCAUGAAAAGUGACAAAACAAUGUGUCAGCUACUGUCUGUCUGGAGAACUUCUGAGUGAUUAUUCAUUCCUAUAAAACUUGUUUUUGAGUGGUCCAAAUGCAGUAUAUUUUGAACCCCCAGCAGUGGGGAUUCACAUUCUUAUUUGGGUUGUGCAUAAUAAAAUACAUGCUACAUGUUCUUUGAAUAGUAA